UGAGAGCAGAGGCAGAGGCGUCCGGGCUCCGCUGCCAGGGAGGUGCGGUGGUACCAGUCUUCACAAGUGCUCACAAAGGUCCCCCUUUUGCUCUUGGCUUUGGAGGAGGCAGCUACCCACUCAUCUUAAAGUCAGCCAAGCAGAAGACCAACCAUGACUGAGAACUCAGCUCCAGUGACACCCAAAGGCAAGAGGUCCAAGGCGGCCAAGAAGUCAUUGGACCACCCCAAGUACACCGAGAUGAUCACAGCUGCCAUCAAAGCUCUGAACAGCCGGGGCGGUGUCUCCAGGCAGGCCAUCCAGGGCUACAUCAAGAGAGAGUACAACGUGGGCGACAGCGCGGACGUCCAGGUGAAACUGGGGCUGAAGAGGCUGCUGGUGAGCAAGGUCAUCAAGCAGAUCAAGGGCAUGGGGGCUUCCGGCUCCUUCCGGCUGGCCAAGGCUGACGAGCCCAAGAAGGCGGCCAAGAAGGUGGCCAAGACCACCAAGAAGAGCACCUCGCCCAGAAAGGUGGCGGUGGCCAAGAAGGUGGUGAAGGCGCCACCAAAGACGAAGAAGACGAAGGCCGGGAAGAAGAAGCCCAAGACGCCGAAGAAGAAGGUGGCCGCGCCCAAAAAGGCAAAGAAGAUGAAGCCGGUCAAGGCCAAGGUGAAGAAAGCCCCAAAACGCAAGGCACCCGCAAAGAAAUCCAAGAAGUGACUGCCGACCUUCCUGGCGAUGGAGGACUGGCCUUGCUUUCUGUCUGAAAUCCUCAGAAACUUUUGUGUACAUACAGUUUAAAAAAAAAUGUUUUUUGGAUUUAGUAAGGAGACUUUUUAUUUUGUCAGGAACUUAUUGUGUCUUGCAUUUUUAAAACAAACCAAUGUGUAUGCAGUAAUCAUGUGUUGGAGCUGGUGUUGGACUUUGGGAUUGUGACAGGGGAAUGUAAAUGCUGUGCUGCUGUGACUAUCUUUGCUCCGGACUGCCAGGUCUUGUGUUAGUGCCUUGUCAACGAGCAGGCAGGAUCUGUGCAUGUGUGUAGCUUCUAAAUCCCAGAGGAUAAGUCCAUACGUUUGUUGAGAAAAGCCAGGCCCUACUAAUGAACAGUGCAUUAUAAUUGCAGAUUACAGCAGUUUAUCAUGUAGUUCAAUAAGAUCAACCUUUACUUUGAAAUUACUUACUUUUUAAAGCUGAAUGGAACUACUCUUUGCUUUCUAGAGAAUUCUGCUGUGCUGUUUGUUCUGUUGCAGUGUUCAUGAAGUUUUUAAGAAGAGGAUUCCCUAGCUGAAUUUUAACUGUUGGCCUUAAGGACAGCUGGAGGUACUGAUCUCUUUUCCCUUAGUGUAAGAGGCUUACUCAGCGAUACUGUUAACCAGGUGAACAGCUGUAACUAUUGUAACUAAAUUUGACAGAAGUAACAGCGCUGGAGGGUGCUUUCCUGGUCCGGAGUUUAGUAGCUUGCAGCAGUAAUAACUCCGAGCAUCCCGACAUCCUCACUUGGAGGCAGUGCUGAUUCCCUGAGGUGUACGGGAUGUUUGAGUCUAGAGGCAUUCAGUGUAGAAGGAGGUACUUGCAGAUGGCAGCAAUCACACUUAACAAACUAGCAGGAUCUAAAAGACCAGAAUUUAAAAAAAAAUUAAACAGUGCUCUCUAACUUGGCCAAAGAAAAAUUAAGUUCCUGACUGAAAGGCACCCUUUUAUAAAACAGCUCCAAAAAAAUGUGAUACAUGCUGAUUUUGUUAUUUUUUACUAAACCGCUGUAUUUUACUAAUUGUUAGGAUGCUCUACAAGCAGUUUGUAUCUGUGAUUAAUGUCUGUUUAUUCUAAUUAGCUAUCUCUGGAGCUGUCUAUUGUAUGGUAUUGUUCAAAGCCAUAUUGGGACAUUCCUACUUACGCAGUGAACUCCACUUUUAAGUUUUUAAAUGUACAUGAUGUUUUUUAUUAAGCAAUCUUCUCUCCUAAUUAUUUUAUGCCAGGGUGUGCUUUUUUAAAUCUGAAUUCAGAUGAAGACUGAGUGCAGUCCAUAGACUCAAAAAUCACAUCAGUGGAAUUGGAUGGCUCAAGACAUUUAUAGGUUCACCUGUUCCUUUGUAUGUUUAUAAUGAAUAAAAGCUACAUUUUGAUUUGAAA